AUGAAUUUAAAUGGAAGUAGAGGAGAUGGACCGAAAGGGAGAUAUGGGUCCACUUUGAAUCGAGGACUGUAUCUUUAUUGUUUGUUUACAGGGCUUGAUGUUGAUGGUGAAUGUACCGCAAUUGGCAUGUUCAGUGAUGCUGCAGAUUUGGGAACUCAGAGCGCCCCUCCCAUAAUGGAUAUUAGAAGAGGACAUAUCUCUGAAGCUGAAAGUGAGCCACUAAGAGCUGGCAGACCCUGCUGGGCGCAGUACUUCUUCAGUUUAGCCACAGUUAGUGCUCAUCUACUGACCAUGGCCAACUUUAUAACAGCUAAUGGAACUGUUGUUUCUCUUAUACAUCAACCCAUACCGUAA